GUGGAGACUUGAGCUGCUAAGAGAAACACAAAUAAAAAGAGGGAUUUAUGGUAUAAGAGAGAGAGCAGAAGGGGAAACUCACACCCUCAUCAUAUCUGACCAUCACACGUAUCUGGUUAAUGGUCUUUAAAAAACAAGAUGGAAGGACUCUCUUAUCUGUUCUUACUUUUGGGUGUCUUUUCCAUUCAGGGAAGUUCAGAAAACUUGGAAGAGAAUUUGGCAUUAAAAGGAACGGCUGUACAGUCGAGCACAUUUUACACCUCUGAAGCUACAAAGGCCAUUGACGGCAUCAGAUACUCUCCUUCAGGUACACCCCAUCCAGACGAAACCUAUACAUACUGCUCCAUCACAUCAAACCAGCUCAACCCGUGGUGGAGGCUGGACCUGCUGGAUUAUUACGACAUUUACAACGUGACCAUCACCUACAGAGGCGACUGCUGUCUGGAGCAAACGACUGGAGUAGAGAUCCGCAUCGGAAACUCUCUGCUAAACAACGGCAACAACAAUCCCAGAUGUGCUGUCACUUCACUUGUUCCAGUAGGCAGUACUGUCAGUUUCUCUUGCGGUGGAAUGGAAGGUCGUUAUGUGAACAUGUACAUUCCUAACAUCCAGGUGUAUCUCACGCUGUGUGAGGUGGAGGUUUAUGGAACAGACUCUUGUGAAGACUUCAUAUGACCCAGCACCUGUGAGCAGAUGACGCCUACACUGUAAGGACUCCAGAUACAAAAUGAUGGCAUUUUCAUUGCUUUAAAGUGCACACAAAGUUAGCUUGAAUGCAUAUCUGGUAUUUCUAAAUACUAUAAUUUGAAUUAGAUUUCAACUGUUGUUUCUGAUAUAAGCUCCUAUAAAGACU